AUAAUAUAAAGUUAUUCACGUUAGUCAGCAUAUUUUCGGUGUGUAACAAUAAAUUUCCUAUUUCCAUACAUAAUUUGGUCUUUUGGGUACGAACAUCGCGCUGGUGGAAUGGUCUAUUAACACUGCCGAUAAUAUUCCUUAGCUUGGCAAACUAAAAUUGGAAAAUAAUACCAAGAUGUUGAACCUCAUAAUAGGUGUAGCUAUUGUGCUGGCUCUUAUCUAUUUUCUGGGAAUAAAACCAUUCAACUACUGGAAGAAACGUGGAGUUAAACAGGGGAAUCCAGCAUGGUUUCUGGGAGACAGUUAUGAACAAAUGACAAAGAAACAAACUUUCGCAGAAAUGGUACAAAAAGUCUACAAUAUUGGACCUGGGGCUAGGUAUGCUGGAAUGUAUCAAUUUAUGACCCCAAUACUCGUCAUCAAAGAUUUAGAACUUUUAAAACAGCUGUUCGUCAAAGAUUUCGACCAUUUUACAGACCAUUCAAAGUUCGUGUCGGAAGAAUCUGACCCCUUAUGGGCUAAAAAUCUCUUCUUUUUAACAGGUCAAAAGUGGCGCGAUAUGAGAGCAAUCCUCAGCCCAGCAUUCACCAGCAAAAAAAUGAAAUCCAUGUUCUUCCUAAUAUCGGAAACAGCUGAUGACUUCGUUAAUUACUUUUUGGAACAAAACAAGGAUUCAAUUGAGCUCGAGCUGAAGGACAAAUUCACCCGUUUCACCAACGACAUCAUAGCAUCUAUCGCGUUCGGAAUAAAAAUCGACUCCCUGAAAAAUCCAAACAACGAGUUUUUCGUGAUGGGCCAGGAUAUUACCAGCUUUAGUGGAUUUAAGAAAACCUUAAAGUUUAUGGGUAUUGUUAUGAUUCCAAAAUUCUUCACCUUUUUCAAAAUCGGUUUCUUCGCUACAUAUGUCCGAAAGUUUUUCAUUAAUCUUAUUGGCGAUACUGUGAAAACCCGAGAAGAAAAAAACAUCGUGAGACCAGAUAUGUUGCAUCUUCUAAUCCAAGCAAGAAAUGGUGGCCUCGAGAACGGAGAAAAAUCACAAAAUGGAGAAAUAGAGACAGCUGAAGCAGAAUCAAACGAACUGAUCAGGAAGGCGGCCAAAAACAUGACGGUGGUAGACAUAGCUGCUCAAGCGUUGAUUUUCUUCUUCGCUGGAUUUGAUUCCGUUGCUUCGCUAUUGUCAUUUACCUGCUACGAAUUGAUGGUCAAUCCCGACAUUCAAACGAGACUAAGAAAAGAAAUUGAAGAAACGUUAGAGGAAUGUAAUGGUAAUGUAACAUACGAAGCCAUAAUGAAAAUGAAGUACAUGGAUAUGGUUCUUUCUGAAACUGGUAGAAAAUGGCCCCAAGGAACAAUGGCAGAUAGAGUUUGUACCAAACCAUACACUAUCCCAGCAGAAAGACCUGGUGAAGUGCCUGUCCAUAUAGACGUGGGUGCACCUCUCUGGAUUCCUAUCUAUGCUAUCCACCGUGAUCCCGAAAAUUUUCCAGAACCAGAACGGUACGAUCCAGAGCGAUUUAGCGAAGAGAACAAAUCGAAAAUCAAGCCUUACUCCUUCAUCCCCUUUGGAGUUGGUCCCAGAAACUGCAUCGGUGCCAGAUUUGCUCUGCUCGAAACCAAAAUUGUAUUGUUCAAGUUUUUACAACACUUCGAGUUAGUUCCUUCCGAAAAAACCAAGAUUCCCGUCGAGAUCUCAAAGAAACAAUUUAAUUUAACUGCCGAAGGCGGAUUCUGGUUCAACUUAAAAAGAAUAAAGAAAUAAAUACUG